AUGCCUCACAGACCAACAUACCCGACUGCCACGCGUGCCGAUGUUCACCUGGUGGGUUCUGGACCCAUCCAGCGCUUUGAGAUGUGGGGUCGUCACCGCUCAUUGACGGAAUCUGUGUACUUAUCCUCGGCAGUUCUCACCGAAUAUGGAUACGCUGAAGAGAUGGAGCAGCUGCUACAAGGGACUAGGUGGCAUCGCCUCUUCAUGAUGCGGGCCGAGUCUAGCCUGCCACUGACGAUCGAGUUCCUGUGCUCUCUAGAGUUGGAGCCAUCUACAGGGUCGAGGUCGAUGAACUUCCAGUCCAUCGACUCUCGUACAACCCUCACUUUCACUCUCUUGGGGCGAGAAUUUCAGCUGACGGUCGUCGAUCUGGCUACACACUUGGGUCUCUACAAUUGGGAGGAAACAUCGGCACCGGAGUUUGAUACCGCACCAUACCUUCUCCCCACAGACAUUGAUCCAGCUGACUUCUGGGCGGAACACUCUUCCGAUCCAGACCGUUUCGAGGGCAUGGGCCGAGCCAGGUUUUGGAUUCAGCAGACUUGGCGAAUCCUAUCCUUCGUGCUUUCGACAUCUUUCUUUGGGAGGCCGUUGAACACAGACCGGGUAUACCCCGACGAUUUGAAUGUCUUCUGGAGCCUGCACACACGCCGGGAGGUGAAUGUGGAUGUCUUUGUAGCGCGAUUCCUCUACAGUCAGUCCAUGGGGAAUCGGACGCAAAUUGUCUGCGGUUUCGUGGUCACCAUACUCUUCCGAUCCCUCGAAGGGUCGGCACCUAUUCCACGGGCUCAGAUGAUGAUGCGAGAUUUGGAUGCCGGCAUGCUGAGGAACGCCCACAUCCGUCGAAGGUUGGGAGCUGGUUCUACCGAGAGCAACGCCGCCUCCUCAUCUGCGCCCUCGACCUCAGGAGCAUCCUCGCAGGUCUCAUCUAGGAGAGCCACUCGCCGCCAACCCACUCCUCAGGCCACCCCAGCUACGACCCAGGCAGAUCCGACCCCUGAAUGGGCCAGGAAGAUCCUGGAGCAGCAGGAUACCAUCCUGCAGAGGAUGUCCGAAAUCGGACAGCAGCAGGCAUCCCAGGCGGAGAACUUUGCUCAGCUUCGGAGGACAUUUACUAGCUUUUACUCGGAUGUGCACAUCGGGCUCACCCCACGAAUUGAUGAUCAACUGGACUUGUUGGAACUUCUUAUUUUCCGCCGCAUCAACUACAUCCCGCCGCCCUUUGACAGCACCUUCCUCGGCCAAAACUAUGAAGGCGAGGACGAGGAGGAUAACUCCUAUGCUCCAUCCUCCUCCCCCGACGAGGCCGACUUUGAAGAUGCGGUCGAUGGCGAUCCCAUGGACGUCGAGGACGACGAGGAUGACGACGAGAACGCCGAUGCUUAGACUUUUCCUUUCUCUUCUUCCUAUGAUUGUAUUUCUUAUUUUUUCCCAUUCCGUUGUAUUCCGCAUUUCCCUUUUUCAUGAAUAAAAGUUUACUUUUACAAUUCUAAAGUUUACUUUUCAUUCUUUUUGUUAAUGUCAAAAGGGGGAAGAUACUAAGGUUAUGCAUAAAUUAAGGGGGAAUUUUUUUGUAAAAUAGCAUCUAUUAAGGAGGAACAUCUUUUUCAAAAUAAUCCUCCUAUGCAUAACCUCGUCUCGUUUGCCAUUAUCAAAAAGGGGGAAAUUGUUGAAACACGGGCUUCUCACGUUUUCGUACUAAAGCCGUGUUCGUUUUUGUAACAGGUUUUGAUAAUGCCAAACCGCCGUGAUCAAGUCGAACAUUGAAUAUACAAGGCGAAGAACGAAGAUAAGAGCAAGAGCUAAACGAAGACCAAGAACGAAGACCUUAAUCAUAGUAUUGAGUCGGUCUUUAUUGUGAUCAAGACCGACCCAAUCUUUACAC